AAUCUCCUUCCUUUAUACUUGUACUAGUAUGUUUAUAUUUCUUGCUCAUUUUGUUCUUCAUCUAAUUUCCUUUGUCAUCCAUUCAUCUUAACUUCUUUUCCCUCCUCAAUUUCUUUUUUCUUCUUCUUUGUUCUUCAUUAACACUUGAAUCAAACUUAUGCAAUCAUACGUUUACUUUAAGAAGGAAAUAGCCAACCACAAAUAAGCUCAGGCUAUGUUAUGAUUUUCACUUUCUAAUUUUUAUUUUAUUUUAUGUUUUUAUACAAACGAUAUUUCACUUUAAACUAAUUUAAACCACGAAAAUGGAGAUUGUCUUGAAAACAUAAAAAUUCUUUUAAAAAAUAGGAGAUUCAGGUCGAGAAUGAGAGAUAGCCCCUGCUUGAUACGAGGAAGGGGAUUCCUUGAAACCACUUAAACAUGAAUGGGGGUGAGUACAAGGCUAGAGAUGGGAAGAGGGGACGGGGAUUCCUAGAAACUGUUUAAACGGGGAUGGGGGCCGGAAUAGGGUCGGAAAUGAUAUUGCCAUACCCGGGCUCUACCCUGUUUGUUACCAUCCCUAAUGAAAAAGAAGAUUCAAACUCGGAUACAGAAUAAAGAACACAUCCACCUCUAAGCCAACUUUCUAAUCUCUAGCAUACCUCAUUUGUCAAUUAAUUUUUGGCUUUCUCCCAUAUUUGUCAAAAGAUGUCAUCAAUUAAACUUGGGAAAAGAGAAAUUACCGAAAAAUCUGGAAAUUAUUGAAUUGUUUUGUCUAUAACGUGCGCCACACUAUAAAUCUUAAAACACUUUUCAAUUAUACGUGUAGACGACACUAGUGCUUUCCUGUCACAACCUAUGCAUUUUUAAAAUAAUAAAUAAAUAAAUAAGUAUUUCAAAAGAAUCUCCUCCCCAAAUUUUUAUUCCUUUUUGUUUUUAAAUUCCAUUUUCAGAUCAUGCAAUUUGUUGGUCCCUCAAUCAAAUUUAAUUCCCUUCGUUUUGGAAUUAGAAAUGCAUUUACGGUAAAGAUUUUUAAUUAUCCUCCUUUAAAAAUAAAAAAAAUUCAUAAUUACCGACCUAUUGUAUAGUCCGUGUGCGAAAUUUUUUCAAUCAGCGAAUUAUUUUUCUAAAAUUCCAUUUAUACCCUUUUCGAACGCGGUUUCAGUAUGUAUAAAUAAAAACCAAAAAUACAUCAAAGCUCAUCUUACUCUCUCUCCUCUCUCUCUCUGGCCUGCUUUCUUCAUUUGUCAGACAAAAAUCUCCGCCCACCUCUCACUCUCUGUAGUUCGUUUCAAUUUCACUGCAGCCCCAAAUGGCCGACCGAGUCCACCCGCGCGACUCGCCCUUUCACACCGAAACGACGCCGUUGUCCUUAUCAAGGCCCUCACCGCCAGACUCCGAGAAGCCCGUCCCUCCGCCGGGCACCUACGUCAUCCAGAUCCCCAAAGAUCAGGUCUACCGGGUCCCGCCGCCGGAGAAUGCCAGCCGCUACCAGAGCUACACUCAUCGGAAGACUCGCCGGAGCUCCUGCCACUGCUGCUGCUGCUGGUUCCUUGGCCUCCUCGCCGCCAUCGUUUUCCUCUCCGCGGCCGCCGCCGGCAUCUUCUACCUCGUCGUCCGCCCCGAGGCCCCCAACUACUCCGUUGAGAGCAUCGCAUUUAAAGGCUUCAACCUCACAACGACGUCGUCCCCGCCGUCCGCCAUCUCGCCUGAGAUCCACGUCACCGUCCGGGCCCAGAACCCUAACAAGAAGAUCGGGAUCUACUACGAGAGAGAGAGCUCCGUCAAGCUCUUUUACUCCGACAUCAAACUGUGUGACGGCGUUCUGCCAGCGUUUUACCAGCCGUCAAAGAACGUAACAGAGUUUCGAACGGCGUUAACUGGGUCCGGGAUCGAGCUGACAAGCGCAGUGCAGAAGGGCUUAGUGGAUGCACAGAAGCAAGGGAAGGUGCCGUUAGAGUUGGACCUGAGAGCGCCCGUUAGAAUUAAAGUGGGGCCCAUUAAGACGUGGACGAUUACCGUAAAGGUUGCCUGUCACUUAACGGUCAAUAAACUGACAGCAGACGCCAACAUUGUGUCUAGGGACUGUGAUUACAGCGUGGAUCCUUGGUAGAAUAAUGGAAUAUGCUUAGUUUUGUUAUGCGCUUUAAUUUUUGUUUUAGAAUUAGACAAUUUGUUCUUCUUUUUGGUGUGAAUUCAGACGAUACGAUUUGAUUCAUACAAUUAUUUAUUGGAGAUACUUACAAUUAUUUACACACGAUAACAUUUUAUUUUGUGAGAUAAUGAUUACAAAACUCUCUCAUGAGAAAAUGAGUUUGGAAGUCCAAA